AACAGCCAAGUGCAUGCUUCUUACUGGCACAACUUCUGAAGACUACAUUUCCGACGCAGUUUACAAAUCACUCAACUACUAAGAUGCUUUUCAAACAAUUCAACAAGCUUACUACAUUCAACCAUAUUAGAAAAUUCGCCACGCAAGUUUCGCAGUUCACCCCUGCAACUUUGCACCUCAAGUCUGGACAGUCCUUCACUGGUAAAGCUUUCGGCGCUGACAAGUCUUCCUUCGGUGAAACCGUCUUCACGACCUCUGUAACCUCAUACACAGAGUCAAUGACAGACCCUUCAUACAAGGGACAGCUUCUUGUUUUCACUACCCCUCUCAUUGGUAACUAUGGUGUGCCACUCAACCCAUCAGGCAAGGAUGGUAGAUACACACCAGAAAUGUUCCUCGAGAGCUCCGGUAUUCAAUGCUCUGGUGUUAUUGUCGCAGACGUCGCUGAGAAGUUCUCCCACUACGAAGCCGUUGAAAGUCUUCACGACUGGUGCAAGAGACACAAUAUCCCAGGUAUCACUGGUGUAGACACACGUGCUAUCACUACCAUUUUGAGAGAUCAAGGUACUACUCUUGGUCAAAUCGCUGUUGGUGAAUCUCACAAACAGUCACCAGAAGAAUACUUUGAUCCAUCACCAAUUAACUUGAUAGCCGAAGCUUCAACUAAGGAAGCCUACACACUUAAUGAACAAGGUGAUGUUCAUGUCGCAGUUAUGGACUUUGGUUCAAAGGCUAAUAUUAUUCGUGCUUUAUUGAAGAGAAACGCAAAGGUUACUGUUUUGCCAUGGGAUUACGAUUUCUAUAGCGCUAGAGACAACUACGAUGCAUUAUUCUUGUCAAAUGGUCCAGGUGAUCCACGUCACGCAUCAGUUGCAGUUGAAAAUCUUGCUCAAACUGUAAAAGAAUGGAAGAAACCUAUCUUCGGUAUUUGUAUGGGUCACCAAUUGUUGGGUUUGGCAGCUGGUUUGGAAGCAUACAGAAUGACCUUCGGUAAUAGAGGACACAAUCAACCAGUUUUGGCAUUGUCAGAAUCAGGUUCAAUUAAAGCUGGUAGAGUUUACGUCACAUCACAAAACCAUCAAUAUGCAUUGAAAUUAGAAGAACAAUUCCCAGAUGGUUGGGAGCCAUUCUUCAUCAACUGCAAUGACUCAUCUGUUGAAGGUAUCAAAUCAACCGAUAAGUCAGGUAAACAAAUCUGGGGUGUUCAAUUCCAUCCUGAAGCAUUCGGCGGUCCUUUAGAUACAAUAGAUAUGUUCACAGACUUUGUUGAUGCUGCUAAGAAAGGUAAAUCUAUUUAAAUGAUUCCAUAACGGAGUCUGUACAUUCAUAUAGAGAUUUUAAGUGAGAAAUGCAUUCUUUUUCUAAUGUUUCAUCUGAGCUGUUUUUGUGUUGUUGUAAGCAUUGGUCGUAGUUGUUGAUGAUUGAGCCACAUUUCUCUUUGACAGCCUUGAGUUGUGGUACACUG